AAAGAGAAUAUACAGAGUGUGUUGACACUUGACAACCUGGUUCUAGUGUGAGAGACAGCUAUACAGUGUUCCCCACUUUGUGAUGAUUAUAUGUGUGAGUGUUUUUCUUCAACAAAUGAUCUGAAACUUUUGAAGUUUGAACCCUGUCCACUACUUUUUUUUGUUCUCCUCCCUUCUGAAUCUUCUUUCAUGGCUUCUGAUUCUCAGACCGCAACUGCAACUAUGUCUGAAAAGCCACUGGAGACCAAGGUGAACGACGAGGCUAAGCUGAUGGAGAAAGAGAUUGUUUUGUCAGAAACUGUGGAUGUGGUGAAAGAUAAACCGGUUUCAGAUUCAAACCUGACGAUUGAGGAGGAGAAGACUGUUCAGACUCCUGCUGGUGUACCGGAGAAAGAGAUACCUGCAGAUGUGGAGGAGGCUGCAGAAGUGGUGAAAGCAGAUGAAUCUAAUGAUAAGGGGAAAGAUGAGAAUGGUGAGGAGAAGGUAGCUGAACAAGUGGGACUUGAAGAACCAACCCUUGUGAAAGAGGUUGUUGCAGUGGUUAAUGUCCAAGCAGAUGAUGUGGAGAAAGCAGAAGAAGGGAAAGGAAAAGAUGAGAAUGGUGAGGAGAAGGUAGCUGAACAAAUGGAGCUUAAAGAACCAACCCUUGUGAAAGAGAGUGUUGAAGAAGUUAAGAUUGAAGCAGAAGAGAAGCUAGCCGUGGAGAGUGUUGCUGAAGAAGACAACAAUGAUAAGGAGGAGGAGAAGAAGAUGGUUGAUGUUUCUGAAUCAACAGAUGAAGCCGGAGGCAAACAGGUGGAACCAAUUGAUGUUCAGCUUGUUAAAGAAGUAUCAGUAGAGACCGUAGAUGUUGAGGUUCUUGAAGUUGAGCCAAAGCCAGAGACUUCUGAAAAAGCCGAGGCUCAGCCUGAGAAAGCAAAGGAACUGGCACCAGAAGCUGAAGUAGUAAAAACACCUGAAACAACAGAAGAAGCUAAGGUUGAGCUUGAGGAUAGCAUUGUUGUUGAGACCAAAGACUCCGGUAUCAACUCCAAGGAUGAACAUACUUCUGAAUCUGGUACUGCUUUGUUGCCUGAAGAAACUGUACCAAUAAACCAAGAUUUAGACACUGCCUCCAAAAAGGAGACUGAAGGAGACGCUUCCUCUCCUCCUGAUGUCACUGAGAAGACCACUACUGAAGAGAAACAAGUGGUGGAAGAACCAUCAAAGGAUGAAAAAGAGAAAGUGAGUGAAGAAGCCAAAGCUACCGAAGAUGAGAACAUCAAGAAGGACACUGAAACACCUGCUGCAGAUGUCCAGAGCGAAGAGACUUUGAAAGAAACUGAAGGAACCAAACAAGAGGAAUCAAUCACAGAGAAAGUACCAGAGGUUGCAGAAACAGCAACUGCUGCUAAAGAGAUCGAAGAGCCAAAGCCACAACCAGAAGUCACAACCAAAGAAGAAGUUGUUAAGCCAAAACAUUCAAACAGCAUUAUGUCAAAGGUGAAGCAGUCUCUUGUCAAGGCAAAGAAAGCAAUCAUUGGGAAGUCUCCAAGCUCUAAGACUAUCACAACUGAAGAAACCAAAGAAGAGAUCAUAGCCAAGUGAUGGGUUCCUUUGAAGUCUUUCAAGUGUUUAUUUAUUUAUUUUGUUGGUUUUGUUUCGUGUGGGAGAAGAAAGCAGAACAUUCUUUUCUUUGUUGUAUGGCUUUGUGUGGUGAUAAGUUAAUAUCUGUAAUCAAACAAAGAUUUGGCUUUGUGUUAUGGAUGUGUGUUUGAGACA